GGACGGACCCGGCCGCGGUGGUGAUGAUGAAGAAUUUACUUAUUUUAGGAGCAACAUUUCUGGUGGCUUCAGCUGUAAAUGAUCUUGAUGAAGAGUGGAACAUUUGGAAAUCUAAUUAUGGAAAGCAAUACAGUAAUAAAAAAGAAGACAGUUCUAGAAGACAAAUUUGGGAGGCAAAUUGGCAGAAAGUGCAGAAGCACAAUCGUUUAGCUGAGCAGGGAUUGAAGAAUUACACUCUGGGUAUGAAUCACUUUGCUGAUAAGACCGUUCAAGAACUUAUGCCUCAAAAAAGCCUGUGUUAUGCAAGGCAGCAGGAAACAAAGACAGAAAUGACUCCAGAGCCAGCACUGGCUGCUUCUUGUGAAACAACGAAAAAGAACAAAUUCCCUAAGCAGGUGGACUGGAGAGAGUCAGGGUGUGUCACUCCUGUGAAAAAUUCAGGAUUGCUUUGUGAAUCACGGUGGGCUUUUGCCACUGUGAGCGUCCUUGAAUCCCGUUACUGUAUCAAGAGUAAGCGUCUGCUUACACUCAGCGAGCAGCAAUUGAUAGACUGUGAUGACAACAAUUCUGGAUGCUGCGGAGGGAAUUUUAAUGAGGCAUUUGAAUAUGUUUCUCACAAUGGGAUCAUGGAGAACAAGGACUAUGAAUACGUACAAUCGCAAUCUCAGUGCUUUUAUAAGCCCAAGAAAGCAAUCAAAUUAAAUGUUAACAAAUACUAUAAACUGUCAGAAGAGAAGGAGAAUAUUGCAAAGUCAGUGGCAACGGAUGGACCAGUAGCAGUAAAAUUUGACACAAGUCCAGAAUUCUUCCUAUAUAAUGGAGGAAUCUAUGAUGAGGAAUGUUCUUACCAUGGGGAUUUUCAGAUGGCAGUUGUAGGCUAUGGAUCCUCUUGUGGAACAGAUUAUUGGAUACUUAAAAAUAGCUGGGGCAAGGAAUGGGGUGAAGAUGGUUAUGCAAGAAUCAUAACGCAGUGUAUUACUCAAGGCUCUGUGGCAGCAGUAGACAUUGCAGAGUCUGCAUAAAGUUAAUGUAUUCAUAUGCUUCAUAUGUAUUUUUUUAUUCCUCUCUACAAAUGGGUCUGCUAAAUAAAUCUCAAUAAAGAAUAUUUCUGAUGCUUUUCA